GGCGGGCGCCGCGCGGGGGGCGGGCGGCGCGGAGGAGGUGGCGGUGGCCAUGGCCGAGGCAUCGCCGCAGCCCGGACGGUACUUCUGCCACUGCUGCUCGGUUGAGAUCGUGCCGCGCCUGCCGGUGGGGAGACCGAGGCUUGCAGCCGGGAGGUGAUGUUUGAGCAGAGACCCAGCUUCCGCCAGGGGGCCAGCCAGGAUUACAUCUGCCCGAGAUGCGAGUCUGGUUUCAUUGAGGAGCUUCCGGAAGAGACCAGGAGUACAGAGAAUGGUUCCGCCCCCUCCACAGCGCCCCCGGACCAGGGCAGGCAGCCGUUCGAGAACGUGGACCAGCACCUCUUCACGCUGCCACAGGGCUAUGGGCAGUUUGCUUUCGGCAUCAUUGAUGACAGCUUUGAGAUCCCCACGUUCCCCCCGGGGGCGGCGGCAGAUGACAGCAGGGACCCUGAGAGUCGGAGGGAGAGAGAACAGCAGUCCCGGCACCGGUAUGGCGCCCGGCAGCCCCGAGCCCGCCUCACCGCGCGGCGGGCCACUGGCCGGCAUGAAGGUGUCCCCACGCUGGAAGGGAUCAUCCAGCAGCUGGUCAACGGCAUCAUCACUCCAGCCACCAUCCCCAACCUGGGCCUAGGCCCCUGGGGCGUCCUGCACUCAAACCCGAUGGACUACGCCUGGGGGGCCAACGGGCUGGACGCCAUCAUCACGCAGCUCCUCAAUCAGUUUGAAAACACGGGCCCCCCACCCGCAGACAAAGAGAAAAUCCAGGCCCUCCCCACCGUCCCUGUCACCGAGGAGCACGUAGGCUCCGGGCUGGAGUGCCCCGUGUGCAAGGACGACUACGGGCUGGGCGAGCGUGUGCGGCAGCUGCCGUGCAACCACCUGUUCCACGACGGCUGCAUCGUGCCCUGGCUGGAGCAGCAUGACAGCUGCCCCGUCUGCCGAAAGAGCCUCACAGGACAGAACACAGCCACCAACCCUCCGGGCCUGACUGGGGUGACUUUCUCCUCGUCUUCGUCCUCCUCCUCUUCCAGCUCGCCCAGCAACGAAAACCCAGCCAGCAACUCCUGAGGCCCCCCGCAGUCCCAAGAGAGCACAGGACCCGCCUUGCACAGGCCCAGCAGGCACGGGGACACCAGUGUCCCAGAGCCCAGGAGGUGCUCCCCCGCCCCCCACCGUGGACUCCGGUGUGGCUGCACCCCAGCUGUGGGCAGAGGCUCGGAUGACCCACGGCCUCCAGGCUGCACAGGAGGCCGGCUCUCCCCAGAGACGCCGCGGAGCGGCAUGGGUGCCCCAGCCUCCCCAUCCCGUUUGUCCAACUUCACCCUCCACAUGUCCAACAGUGGGAAGGUUUUAUAAUUUUAAAUUAUUACUGCUUUGAAAUAAAUGGCCCUGCAUGGUCUGUGGAAAGACAGGGUGGAGCCACUUGGCUGGUGUCUCAGCCCCGCUGGCUCGGCCACCCUGAGUGCGGCGGGCUUGGGGGGUCACCAGGAUGACCAGCAAGACAGGACAAACCUGCUCAGAGACUUUUUUUAAAGGAAAAAAUAUGUGUAUCUUGAAAGUUAUUUAAAAAUGCACCUACUUAGAAACGAA